UGCCCUUCGCGCCCCAGAAAAUAUGCAUUGCAAAAGUCUCGUACUCGUAUAAAUGCAUUACAAAUUUCCUCAGCAUGAGAAAUAAGAUUUGUAAUGCAGAUUUGACUUGGAAACAAGAUUUGUAAUGCAAGACUUGCAUUUAUACGAGUGCGAUACUUUUGCACAGGAUAGAAAAACGAGCUGGACCAACUGUAUAAAACGAAGGACGGGAAGGAGAUCACGCCGGAUCACCUAUGGAUUGCAAGUAUGUCUGGGUCUGGAAACUUGUGAUGCUGAAAUGUCAGUGGUGGGCGAACUGCAAUACGGAGCCACGCAUGACAAAUUUUUGAGCUGCUAACGUGUUUCGUUUUUCGCGUGGUAUUAAACUGCGUUCUUGGAUGACAGGCCCUUUAUUUCCUGCUCAUGCAACACAGAUUUAUGAAUCAUGCCAGACAAGCAUGACAAACUUGCAUUCUUCCAGAGGACCCAGACAUGUUUGCAUUCGAUACCACCCGUCUUUUUACAAGUGUCUGGACAUGGGGAGCGUGAACGUGGAGCGGAAAAAAAUCGCGGAAGAAGAUAUGGCGAAAUUUUCGGAAAUUAUCCAAGCGAUUCUCGAAUACUGCCUAGUAGAACUGGCGAUGGAAGAGUUGAAAAAGUAUCAACUGUAAAAAUGUCUGGGUCUGGAAGGACGCGAACUUGUCAUGCUAAGUCUGAAUCGUACAUAGAUUAGUGUUGCAUGAUUGCCAAAAGGUGUCCACUUUUGAACAAGUUUAGAGACAGUUUGUCAUGCAGGAUAGACAUGAUUGGGACUUCGAAGAACCUGUCAUGCUAGGUCCUGCAUUGCAAACCUCAUGAGGCAUGGAAAAUAUGCAUGACAAGUUGCAUUCUUCCAGACCCAGACAUUUUUACAUUUGAUAAAAAGGAACUGCAAGGAAAAGCGACCACGACAUCUUUUACAUGGUGGAACAACAAGAGGCAAGAGAACAGAAGUGGUCGUCAUCUCCUCCAUGAACAAGACACUGCUUCUUCUUCUUCCCACGACCAAGUCUUGAAGCUUCUUGACUCACUGCGGAAGAUGUUGCUAGUACAACAACAGAAUCAGGAUGUGAAUGCGAAGGAAAUAAACCAAAAUGGCAAGAAGAACACCAGCAUCUCAGAAGAAUCUCCGAAAGAAGAUCUGCUCUCCAGCGACAAGUUAACGAGUAUCAGUAGAAAGUCAGUCGGCCUCGAGGUCGUCGAGCCAGUAGUAGUAGAGUCAACCUCGGCGGCCGCCGGGAAGGCAGCUUCAUCUGCCUCCAAAUCCAAAUCUAGUAGCGACCCCCUGAAGAUAAACAAAAGCGACCCCCAAACAUCAAGCCGGGCCGCAGGUUCUAGUAGCGACAACGACACCUCCAGCGAGAUUCUUGAAGACGAAAACACGACGACCCUGGCGUAUCUCACAACCGAGUUUCUUAUGCAUUGCAAAAGUAUCGUACUCGUAGUAAUUGCAGUCAUGCAUUACAAAUUUCUUUUCUAAAGCUAAAUCCGCAUGACAAACUUUCUCAUGCUGAGGAAAUUUGUAAUGCAUUUAUACGAGUGCGAUACUUUUGCACAGGAUAUUUCUCGACCGACUACAAAGUUUUUACCGCUACAACGGCGACAAUCCGGGGUUCACCGAGUACUGGGACUUCCACUCCUGGAAUUUCUGGGCGUACUUUUGCCCGGAACACUUCUGCGACCGGAAAAAGGCCUUUUCCAUGUACGACAUCUGUGUGACGAUCUUAG